AGGAAAUGAGUCAGGACAGAGGGGUGAGCUGAGCUCCUUGGCAUGGUGUCUUCACAGAACCAAACGUGGGUCAGGCAGCCCCGAUGAGCCAAACCGGCACGACAAUCUCCAAAGUAGCAAAGAAAGCGCAAUGGGCUGAUCCCCAGGAAAGGAGGGGUAGCCGGGCUGGGGACCGGUCUGAGCCGGUCUGUGGCGCAGGCGCAGUGCGGAUAAACAGGAAGCGGGCGGCAGAGGCAGCGGCAGAGGCUGCUCGGGGACUCCAGUGGAGGAGAGAGGCGGAGAGACAAGGCUGUCUGGAGGGCGGCCGACGCUGAGGACGGGCGAAGGCGCCUCCUCGGGCCUGCUUCCGUGAGGGCGCGGUGGCGGCCUCGCCCUCCGCCUAGGCUCCCGGCUUCCAACGACGGUCGGCGGAGGCAGCGGCUGACAAAGGGCUCGAGCCGGUGCCGCCGCCCUUCGCAUCCGGGCACUCGGGGCCCCCGCCGAGAGGGGGAGGGGAAGGAGCCCGGGAGGCGCGCGUUCGGAGCCGCGGCCCUUUGCAGGGCUCCGGGCCUGUGGCCCAACGGACCGAGGCCGAAGGGGAGCGGCGGCCGGCGGCAGGAGGAUGGUGCAGAAGGAGAGCCAGGCGGCACUGGAGGAGCGGGAGAGCGAGCGCAACGCCAAUCCUGCCGCCGCCUCGGGGGCUUCGCUGGAGCCGUCCGCAGCUCCAGUCCCCGGAGAAGACAGCCCGUCGGGAGCCGGGGCGGCGGCCGGGGCCGGGGCGGCCGGAGGAGCCCGCAGGUUCCUGUGCGGCGUGGUGGAAGGGUUUUAUGGAAGACCUUGGGUUAUGGAACAGAGAAAAGAGCUCUUUAGAAGGCUUCAGAAAUGGGAAUUGAAUACAUACUUGUAUGCUCCAAAAGAUGACUACAAACAUAGGAUGUUUUGGCGAGAGAUGUAUUCAGUGGAAGAAGCUGAGCAACUUAUGACUCUCAUCUCUGCUGCACGAGAAUAUGAAAUAGAAUUCAUCUAUGCUAUUUCGCCAGGAUUAGAUAUCACUUUUUCUAACCCCAAGGAAGUGUCAACAUUGAAACGCAAAUUGGACCAGGUCUCUCAGUUUGGGUGCAGGUCAUUUGCUCUGCUCUUUGAUGACAUUGACCAUAACAUGUGUGCAGCGGACAAAGAGGUGUUCAGCUCCUUUGCACAUGCCCAAGUCUCCAUCACAAAUGAGAUUUAUCAGUACCUGGGAGAGCCAGAGACCUUCCUCUUCUGUCCUACAGAAUACUGUGGCACUUUCUGUUACCCAAAUGUGUCUCAGUCUCCUUACUUGAGGACUGUGGGUGAAAAGCUUCUACCUGGAAUUGAGGUGCUUUGGACAGGUCCAAAAGUUGUUUCAAAAGAAAUUCCAGUAGAAUCUAUUGAAGAAGUUUCUAAGAUCAUUAAGAGAGCUCCUGUGAUCUGGGAUAACAUUCAUGCGAAUGAUUAUGAUCAGAAGAGGCUGUUUCUGGGGCCCUACAAAGGAAGAUCCACAGAGCUCAUCCCUCGCUUAAAGGGAGUGCUGACUAAUCCAAAUUGUGAAUUUGAAGCUAACUACGUUGCCAUCCACACCCUUGCCACUUGGUACAAGUCAAACAUGAACGGCGUGAGGAAGGAUGUGGUGAUGACUGACAGUGAAGACAGUACUGUCUCAAUACAGAUAAAGUUAGAAAACGAAGGCAGUGAUGAAGACAUUGAGACUGAUGUGCUCUACAGCCCACAGAUGGCUUUAAAGCUGGCUUUAACUGAGUGGCUGCAGGAGUUCGGUGUCCCUCAUCAGUACAGCAGUAGGCAAGUUGCACACAGUGGAGCUAAGACCAGUGCAGUUGACGGGACUCCCUUAGUUGCAGCACCCUCUUUAAAUGCCACAACUGUAGUUACAACAGUUUACCAGGAGCCCAUUAUGAGCCAAGGAGCAGCUUUGAGUGGUGAACCCUCAGCUCUGACCAAGGAAGAAGAAAAGAAACAACCAGAUGAGGAACCCAUGGAUAUGGUGGUAGAAAAGCAAGAAGAACCAGAACACAAGAAUGAUAACCAAAUACUAACUGAAAUUGUUGAAGCUAAAAUGGCAGAGGAGUUGAGACCAAUGGACACUGAUAAGGAGAGCAUGGCUGAGUCCAAAUCCCCAGAGAUGUCCAUGCAGGAAGACUGUAUUCAUGAUGUCGCUCCUAUGCAGACAGAUGAGCAAACAAACAAGGAGCAGUUUGUGCCAGGCCCAAAUGAGAAGCCUCUGUACACUGCAGAGCCAGUGACUCUAGAGGAUUUGCAGUUACUUGCUGAUCUCUUCUACCUUCCUUAUGAACAUGGACCCAAAGGAGCCCAGAUGUUACGGGAAUUCCAGUGGCUUCGAGCAAACAGCAGUGUUGUCAGUGUCAAUUGCAAAGGGAAAGACUCUGAAAAAAUUGAGGAAUGGCGGUCCCGAGCAGCCAAGUUUGAAGAGAUGUGCGCACUAGUGAUGGGGAUGUUCACUCGGCUCUCCAACUGUGCCAACAGGACAAUCCUUUAUGACAUGUACUCCUAUGUUUGGGAUAUCAAGAGUAUAAUGUCUAUGGUGAAGUCUUUUGUGCAGUGGUUAGGGUGUCGUAGUCAUUCUUCAGCACAGUUCUUAAUUGGAGACCAAGAACCCUGGGCCUUUAGAGGUGGUCUAGCAGGAGAGUUCCAGCGCUUGCUGCCAAUUGAUGGAGCAAAUGAUCUCUUUUUUCAACCACCACCACUGACUCCUACCUCCAAAGUUUAUACUAUCAGACCUUAUUUCCCUAAAGAUGAGGCUUCCGUGUACAAGAUUUGCAGAGAAAUGUAUGAUGAUGGAGUGGGUUUACCUUUUCAAAGUCAGCCUGACCUUAUUGGAGACAAGUUAGUUGGAGGACUGCUCUCCCUCAGCCUGGAUUACUGUUUCGUCCUAGAAGAUGAAGAUGGCAUUUGUGGUUAUGCCUUAGGCACUGUAGAUGUGACCCCCUUCAUUAAGAAGUGUAAAAUUUCCUGGAUUCCCUUCAUGCAGGAGAAGUAUACCAAGCCAAAUGGUGACAAAGAGCUCUCCGAGGCAGAGAAAAUAAUGUUGAGUUUCCAUGAAGAGCAGGAGGUGUUGCCAGAGACUUUCCUUGCCAACUUUCCUUCUCUGAUAAAGAUGGACAUUCAUAAAAAAGUCACUGACCCAAGUGUCGCCAAGAGCAUGAUGGCUUGCCUCCUGUCUUCACUGAAGGCCAAUGGCUCCCGGGGGGCUUUCUGUGAAGUAAGACCAGAUGAUAAAAGGAUUCUGGAAUUUUACAGCAAGUUAGGCUGUUUUGAAAUUGCAAAAAUGGAAGGAUUUCCAAAGGAUGUGGUUAUACUUGGUCGAAGCCUGUGACACCCGUUGGCACUGUGAACUGUCCAAAAGUCUCUCACUCCACCUUGUGGUUGGUGGUUGAGGUCUUCAUACAGUUCAGUGUCGGAGCGGCCGCAGAUCAGCCAGUUGCAUGGAAACAGAUGACUGGAAAGCAAGCGCACCCAUCACAUUCUCAGACUCACUGGUUGGGAGAGGAUAGUGCUCCUGCACAUCCCGUGCAGCUUGUGGUGUGCUCCUCGGGGCUGUGUUAGUGUCAGGGCCUCUAACGGGGUUCUCUAGGGAGAGGUUCUUAAAUAAAUGUAGUCAGCACUA